AUGUCUAGUAGUGCCGCUCCCGCCUCUGGACCAGCUGAAACCGAAGCUGCCGGCGUCACUGAGCCGGUUGCUGCGGCUACUGGCCAGCCUCCGGCUGUGAGCACCGAAGAUCGAGACUCUGGUCAGGAUGAUGACGAGUUGGCUGAGUCAACCACAUCGAUAAGCGAUAGUGUUCUCCAGUAUCGAACCAUCCAUGGCCGGACGUAUCACAGCGAAAGAGGGAACGCCCAGUACUGGGGUUCGAACGAUGAGCAACAGAAUGAGUCUAUGGGUAUCAACCAUCAUCUUCUCACUCUCGCUAUUGGCGACAAGCUUCAUCUAGCGCCACUCAAAAAGGAUAUCGAGAAUGCGGUUGAUAUCGGCACUGGGACAGGUAUCUGGGCUAUCGACUUUGCAGAUGAGCAUCCUGGAUGCAAAGUAAUCGGCACCGAUAUAUCACCUAUUCAACCAGGUUGGGUGCCGCCCAACUUGGAGUUACCGGGAGGAUACAUCGAGAGCCUAGAAUCAGCACCAUGGCUAGAGAGUGACGACGGCACCGUCACAGAUAAGACGGCUAUGUGUCAAUGGGGGAAGCUCUUUGUUCAAGGUGGUCUCAAAAUCGGUCGUUCAUUCACUUUAGUGGACGACGAGGAGCAACGGAAGGGGAUGAAAGCCGCUGGUUUCGUCGACAUUCAAGAGUUCAACAUCAAGGUUCCUCUUGGAGACUGGCCCAAAGACCCGAAGUUGAAAGAAAUGGGCCGAUUCUCACGAGCCACUUUAGAGCAAGACACCGAAGGUUACGUCCUCUAUAUGGCUACUUCGGAAGGUUGGUCGAGAGAGGAAGUCUCAGUCUACGCUGCGAGGCUGCGGCGUGAAAUGCGAAACAGCAAGAUUCACGCCUAUUUCCGCAUGAAGGUGGUCUGGGGUAAAAAGCCCGAAUAG